AUGUGGUACGGCAGAUCGCAGGAAGGAGUCCCGCAAUUAAACAACGACUUGCGUUGGAUGCUGUAUGGGUUGUACCAGGAGUUAUUCCAAAAAAUAUUGAAGGCAACACAAGAAACACUUUCAUCGGGUAAAGAAAUCACAGUUCAUUUAAAUGAUAUGCCAAAUAUUACGAAUGCCGGUCUCUAUAAUGUGGUAGCUUUCAUUCAAAGUGGACAAAAAAUCAAAUUUUUAGAAAAUGAUUGGGUGAAUAUAAUACUAAUGAUCUUCAAAAAUGUUGAAAUAUUGAAAAUUGCUGCAUCACCACCAAUUUCAUUACUUUACUCAGCUAUUGCUUGUUUACCUCCGUUUGUUUAA